UGUGGCGAGUAUUUUCUAAGUCAUCACAUUUCGUAUUUGAUGUGUAAUAUAUACAUAUACAUACAAUGAAUUGUUUUGUAUUAGUUAACGUUUGAUAGAAACAUAUAAACAACAAAUGCAAAAUGUCGGAUGAAUAUGAUUGUGCAGCCAAGAGCAAAUUAAAAUUAAAAAAUGAUUAUGGCAUUAAGAAAAAGAAGAAGAAAAACAAAGAAAAACACAAACAGAAAGAAGCUCUUCAACAAAACGCAGAGGCCGAUAAAUGCCAACGUAAUUUUAUAAUAAAACAUGAAUCAACAGAACAGAGGAUGUUUACUAAAGCGGAAUUAGCCUUUAAGCAGCAACAGGAGAAAAUACGCAACAAACGUAUUUUGGAAAAGGCCACAACAACUCAUAAGCAGCGCGUAGAGAAGUUCAAUGAACAUUUGGAUACAUUAACAGAGCAUUUUGAUAUACCGAAAGUGUCCUGGACCAAAUAAAAGCAAAUCGCA